AUGUUUUUCGACGAUAUAGAAUUAAGUCAAGACGAUUUGGAUGAAAUUAAUAAAAUCGAACUAUCGUGUCAACACAAGCGCAGUUUUUCGGUCACAGAUAGUGAGGAAGAAUCUUUGACUGUUCCACGUAGUAGGAAGCGACGUCGUAUAUUGUCAGAUAGUGAAAGUGAUGAUGAGCAGUGCUUCUCACCUGCGCGCCCAUCUACUUCAGGCGCUUUGCCAAAUGAUGUGUCUCGAUCUCUCAAUCUCGACAGGAGAGUGUUGGAGGAGUCUGAUGGUGAAGAUUCACUGUUCAAUGACCAUGAGGAAAUUGUCGAGGAUGAUGAUGUGAACAUUGAUGAACGUGAAGAAGAGACAGUCGAAGCAAUCGCCAGAGAGGUACAACAUGAUGGAGAAAUGGGUGAGUCUGCACACUCUGAAAUACUUAGUGGACAACAUGAAAAUGCUGAAAUACCAGACAGCCCCAUCACCAUCAGUAACACACCAAAUGUAUCUUCACGAACGUCGAGGUCAAGACGAAUACAAUCACAGUGUCUCUUGACUCCGAGUGGCAGGUAG